UGAAGACAAUAAAUAGACUGGCAACUGGAGAGAAUAGUCAACUCUAAGUCUGGACACAGGUUUCCAACAGUCAGCUGUGGAUCAGAGCUAAAUCUUCUUCUUGCUGGCAAAGGGAUACAGCAUGUCCGAUAUGCUUGACGACUUCCUCACAAAGAACUUCCUGAACCUGGCCCUGAACGAUGCCUUACUCCCGACACAAUCUGAACUCAAAGCCCCAGGGCAGAGUCGGCUGAACCGGUCAGCCUCCUUCUUCUCUCCCCCUUCGCCUCCUGCCUCCUCCAGCCUCAGCCUGAGCACUGAGCAUGUUAACAAUGAUGACAAUGGCAGCUCUUUCUGGCCAUCCAACAUCUGGAGCCAGGCCCCUGUCUCCAACCAAAAACAGCUUUCCUUCCGGCCCGACCGCUCCAUGAGCCUGACUGAGUCCAGCAGCAGCCUGCUCUCCUCCUUCAGACAGCUGAAGAACCUGGAGGGUUUUCCUUCAGGCCCUGCUACUACUGUGGCUCCCCCGCCAGGCUUCCCUCCUUCAGCCUCCCUCCCAGCUCAGGUCCCACCAAUGCUGUCCUCUAACCGUUACAAGACUGAGCUGUGCCGUGGUUUCCAGGAAACUGGCAGCUGCAAGUAUGGCAGCAAGUGUCAGUUUGCUCAUGGCGAGGCAGAGCUGAGAGGACUGUACCGCCACCCUAAGUAUAAGACGGAGCCCUGCAGAACCUUCUACAACUUUGGCUACUGCCCCUAUGGCUCCCGCUGCCACUUCAUCCACGAGGAGAAAAUCAGUGGAGGCCCAUUGCCAUCUGCCAAAUUCCAGCGGCAGCCAACCGCCUCAGCAGCCGGUGGUCACAAUCCUCGCCACCAGCUCCGCCAGAGCGUCAGCUUCGCUGGGUUCAUGGUCUCACGCAGCUCCUCUCCUCCAUCAUUCCAAUCAUCCUCCAAUGAUCCCAACCUGUGCUUCACCCGUGCUCCCUCUGUUUCUCCACCUCCUGCUGAUCUCCUCUCCCCAGUGUUUGGAGACUCCAUGCAGAGGGAGGCAGCAGCAUUCCAGUUUGGCAACCACCAGACCCGUGCCAGUGCUGGAGACAUCCAUAGCAUUCCUCUCAUCAUGGAGCCAAAGGCCUCACGCUGUGUGUGUGGCCAUGGAAAUAACUUUAACAGUAACAACAGCAGAGCCUUCACCAGUGUGGAGGAAGGGCAGCACCAGGACAGCGCUAUGCUGUUUCCUGGUUCUGGAGGCCACGGAGGAUUCGUGAAACCUGCUGGUCUCCAGCGUUUCUCCUCCGAGGACUCCCUGGAAGACAGCUACAGCAGCAGCAGUGGAGGUUCCAGUGGAACCGAAUCUCCAACUUUUGAUGGCUCAGCCACCAAGAGGCUCACUGUGUUCGAACGUCUGUCCCUGUCUGAUUAAAUGGAUCCAAAGGGGGAAGAACAGCAGAAAAGUGACACUUUAUUAAAUUUCUCUGUCUAUCUGAAAAUUCUUCAGAACUAGAACAAGUCAACUAAUUGACACAGUAACACUUAAAGUUCUUAAUUUAUCUUUGUAAAAAAUGGAACUCAUCUUCGACGAACUACAGAUACUGAGAUGAUUUUAGCACCCAAAUGUUAUCAGGCUCUAUUUUUAUACCUACAAAUAUUGUGUAGCUUAUUAGACCUUUGUAUGUGGUCUUCCAUAAGAAUUAACUCCUCUGCAGGUCUUGACGUUACCAGCGACCAUUCUGGUUUGUAGUUACCACAAAUCUGUAGUGAUCAAAAUGCUUGUCCUUAGUGAUAAUCAUUAAUGUCUGUGCCUUAAACAUUUUCCCUGCCUCAUAGGCUAUUCAUACUCUGUGCCACAAACAGUAUGUUUGAUUCAGUAGCCUUAAUCAGUGAGACCUGACAUGUGUCUGUGAUAUGCACUUUACAGCUAAUUCAAAUGGGAGAAACUGCCAAAACUCCCAGUAGCAUUCAACCAAAGCUUCAUUCUUAACUCUGCUUUGUGUGUGUAUGUGUGUGUGCAUGUGCCUCUGUAUAUAUGCAUGUGUGGGUGGAUGUGUGUCAUUUUUCUGAGACCUGGAGUGCAAGCAAAUAUACGCUGCAGAAUGCUGAAAGUGUGCUCAUGGAGAAACGUAGCUGACUAUCUGUAUUGUGACACAUUCAAUGAGAUUUGAUUCUGUAAAACAUUCUGUUAUAUUUGCUGGUUUGUAACUUGCACACCAUCUUUGAUUCCCCCUCUGUUUGUUUGACAGCCUGGUUCAGGGAACACCGCAGUAUUCCUUUUGGUUAUUGGUUGCCUUGUGAUGUUUAACUUAAACUAAUAUAUUUAUUAUAUUUAUUUGUGUUUAAAGAAAAAAAAUGUAUUUUGUAUUUUAUUUAUGGAGAAAAUAUUUCAAGGUCUGUGAAAUACCAAUGUGAGAAAAAAAAGCAGUAAAAAAGAGAAUCCUAUAUUUUUAAUUGCCGACAAAAUAAAAUUCCGAAUAAAGAAAUGAUUGUAUGAUA